CAGCUCCGUCUCCCAUCAGCUGUUGGAGGAUGUUGCCUCGGAGGCAGAUAUGAUGUAAUCUAAAGCUUCAGUCCCAACAGGAGAGAGAGGCAGAGCGAGCCAGAGCUGGAUAACAACCCGCACCGUACGGAUGGAUCUCUGCUGCUUUUUUGCACUUUCUUAAACACAUUUGAAAACAUUUUUUUUUUUUAAAUCUGAGCGGGUUUAAAGUGAACUGGCACCGUGUGGUUGGAGGAGUCAUGCCGCGGAGGUUUGUCCCCUCCCGACGAAGAGGAUGCUGGAUGCGGAGCAGCAGUAGGAGCAGCACCGGUCGGGGAUGCUGCUGGUGAACUUGACUCCCCCUCUCUCCAUCAGCUGUAAUCAACCACCAUGGCUCAGGAGUCCUCUCCCGCAGCUGCUCCAACAUCGUCCGUGUGAAAAUGGCCCGCACUCCGCCUCCAUCGUCGACAUCAGUCCGCCCUAGUUGUCGCCUUUUCGCCCGUGAUGACAGGAGGGCGCCUGCUUCAGAUUACCACACUUGUAGGCCGUUUAUUUCCAUAGUGGGACAUAUUAUCGCAUCCAAUAAGACAUUUUGAACUGCUUUAAUUUCGCAAAAACACCUCCUACCACUACCAGCAUCGAUUUCCCCCUACAAGAGAUAUUUUUGGAGCCGGGAGAUGGGCCGCGUCCACUGCUGCACUUCACUGUGCCCUGAUCUGAGUUUCAUGCUUUCCUUACCUCACAAGCCACAAUGCAUUUGUGAUUAAGUCUCACUUGUUCUGUUUCUACUGGGGCAUUUGUACUCGCCUUUUUGUUUUUACUCCAGCCACAGUCCAUGCAGUAGUUGCCCUGCAGGGGGGAAUGUGCAGCCUCCAUCCCUCCAGCAGACGCCUGCCGUCCGCUCCUGCUGUCCACCGUGUGGCCCUGUGACUUCAGAGGGGUGUGGAGGUCCUGACGACCAUAAAACGUGGAGGGUGGGGACGUUUGCCUUUCCAGCUCAGGUUUAAACCAUGGCCAAUGAACCUGUCAUCCUUAACGUGUAUGAUAUGUACUGGAUAAACGAAUACACUUCCAAUCUGGGUAUUGGAGUCUUCCACUCAGGCAUCGAGAUUUAUGGCAGAGAAUUUGCAUACGGGGGUCAUCCGUACCCUUUCAGCGGGAUCUUUGAGAUCAAUCCCGGGAACGCCGCUGAACUGGGAGAGACAUUCAAAUUCAAGGAGGCCAUUGUUUUGGGCACCACAGACUUCACAGAGGAGGACAUAGAUAAAAUCAUGGAGGAGCUCGGUAAAGAGUUCAAAGGCAACGCCUACCAUCUAAUGCACAAAAACUGCAACCACUUCUCCUCCUCGCUGUCUGAGUUGCUGUGUGGACGGGAAAUCCCUCGCUGGGUCAACAGACUGGCCUACUUCAGCUCCUGCAUCCCCUUCCUGCAGAGCUGCCUACCCAAGGAGUGGUUAACCCCGGCCGCCCUGCAGAGCCACAUCAGCCUCGGCCUCCACAAAGAGGAGCGUAACGAGUCGAGCGACGAGGACCCCCCGUCCCCGUCCGGAGCGGCCGCCACCGGCUCCUCCCACAGCUGUCGCCACACGCGGGUGUGAACUGCCCAAAAUACACUGACCUCCGGACCUCCUUGCCGCCUCUGCUCGUGGCUCAAGUGGCAUUAGUAGGCUUGAACAACCAGCUGACCUCAUACUGUUUGUCCUCUGAGUAAAAACAUGGAAGAGAAGAGUUUCUUCUUCGAGAAAGGAGCUGCCGCCAGAGACUUCAGAGCUGCAGAGACGAUGACCGUCCUUUCUGCAGACGACCGGAUGGCAAACUUGAAGCUGAAGCGUGGCGCAGACUCCACAACAACCACUUGUAGAUCUGAAGUUUGUAGUACGUUAUUAUUAGUCUUUUCCAUGAACUUUUAAACCUUUGUCAGCCUUGUUCCCUGCCCUACCUUCAGAGCUGCUUUUGUAGACUAACUAGACACCUGAGGCUACUUACAGUGACAUUACCAGGAAACUGCUAAUCUGCUCAAUUUCAACAAGUUCUCAUUCAGUAACCUCUAUGUGGCCUUCAGUUGAUAUCGUUGACUCUGCUUUCAUUGUGUGGAACUUAAGUAGUUAACUUUGGCCAUUUCUGAGGGUUUAAAGAGGAUUUGAUUGUUCCUCGAGUUCAGCCUAAACUCGUGUUGCAUGUUGAGAUAAUUUGACAAAACGUCCAACUAACUAAGACGUCACAUUUCUGAUUAUAACGUCAAGUAUUUCUUCUCCUUUUUCCUUUUUUAAAACAAAUGAUCCAACCUACGACCUGUUUUAAACAGUAAACUGACAGGCAGCUGCCAGAGUAACCGGUUCUUAGACAAUUGUAAACAAUAAAGGGCAAAUACUGUUCAGUUUAAAUAGCCUCGGGCAGCCCGGUCACUAUCUGUAAACAUCUCAGAGACACAAAGGAAAAGUCAAGCUGCUACACUGACAAUUAUUGACUUUGUGACCCAGUACAAUUUUUCUCUACGCUUUUAUAUCCAAAUGUUCUUUAUAUUAUAAUGGUGCUAUCGCACCUUCCAGGCUAGGAAAUGUACAUUUACGCCCAGAGAAUGUUCCUCUGUGAUACUGGUCUGAUCACCUUUUUCAUCAUUAAAAUCAGUAAAAAACUGAGCAGCAAUGAGAAUGAAAAGCAGAAAAAUCAGUAUUCUCCUUUAAAUUACACCAGUCCUUAAAGCAAUAGGUUCUACAUUUUGGGAAAUAUGCUUAUUUUGCUCUCUUGUGAAGCUUUAGAUGAGAAGAUCAACACCAAUUGCAGAUAUGUAUGGUCAACAUGAGGCUAUUUUAGCUUAGCAUAAAGACUGGAAGUCAGUGGAAAUAGCUAGCCUGGUUCUGUCCAACGGUACCAAAAGCCACCGAACAGCAUAUUGAAAGCUAACCAUGUAACAAAUUAUAUCUUUUUUUGUUUACCUGAACAAAAACACUUAGUCAAAACAACAUUUUGACUAAAGUUUAAUUCGCAGGGCUGUUUCCGGCCUUUAUGCUAAGCUAAGCCAAGCUAACCAACUGCCACCUGAAGCUUCCUGUUUAUCCCACAGGCUUCAAACUUCUCAGUUAACUCUCAGCAAGAAAGUAAAUGUGUUUCCCAAAAUAUCUAACUAUUCCUCUAAAGGGAAAUGUCAGUAUCUUUCAACCUGGAUACUAUUUUCCAAUGUUUUUGUGUCUAACUGACUAAUGGGUUGGUAACAGUUUUUAAAAUUGGUGUGUGCUCUGCAGUCAGCCCCCACACCUUUUAGUUGACUCAAGUGUUAACAAACUUUUCUUUUAAUUCUGUGUAAAGGCAAUGACAUCAGUCUACUGCAAGUGCUUGUUUUGCCACUGACACGCUGAGAUUUUUAUUUUUCAUGGUCACUUGAUUCUGUCUGUUUUUCAUUGUGUCUAACAAACUCAAGGACAAGCCUUGUUCUGACAUCUGUGUGGCUUCUUCUACAUUGUAGCUAAAUAUUUACCCAUGACAUUAAUCUCUAACAUUAUUUUUUAAGAUAAAACUAAGCUAUGCUGUCUGUACUUCAACACAACAAACUCUUCCCAGCACUUGUAUAUCCAA